CAAUCUGUACCACUUGAUUUUGAUGCGAGUCAUUUCCCAGAUCUUCCCGAUGACUACAGCAAACACCACGUACUGUCAAUCAUCGACGAUCCACCUGACUUGACCAAGAUCAUCGUGAUAUCCAUCCGCCUCAUUCACUCACUUUUGUCACUUCAUCAUCCUCUCACUCUUGGCGGCCAUGGACUCAGUCACGCUGCCCUCAUCUGACUAUCCCGAAAUCCCUCACCUGAUACCAAAAUGACCUCUGUUGAUGACUGUCGUCAUCAACCAUCUUCCGUACAACUUCGAUGAAACUCGCCUGCAGGAGUGCUUUCCAGCAUGAGUGGCGAUAAUGGCGAUGGAAUGGAUCCCACCGAAGAGGAGGAGGAUACGACCAACAUGGCCAUGGUGGCCAUGAACAUCCCAGGCCCAGCAGCAGCACCAGCAGCACCGUUCCCAAGUCUCACCAAAACAGCGACAAACAACACCACCACUUCCCAAAAAAACACCAAUGCACCGCCCGAUCUCCCUCCAGACCCAAACAUCGCCAACCCUCGUCUUCUCGUCAACAGACCAUGCAUCUACGAGCGUCGACUCCCUGGAAACGCCUAUAUCACCGCCCACGUCCAGCGACUCCAGCAUGGAUUCUACUCCAGUCCUGCCGUGUCCGAUCGCGACUUUGACUUUGUCGAUUUUUUCGCCGUGCACUUUGUCUUUCACUCGCCAAACACCCUAGAUCAUCGGUUCAAGGCUGCCACUAUCCGAGCCUCAGUCCAGGGUACCAACCGAGAAGCAUACCCGCCGCGAAAUCCGCGAUUCCUCAUGCAUGCGCCGCAUCUCAUCUACGGCGCCGUAUCCCCAGAAACGCUACAAUGGAAUUUCAGCCUGGCCGGGUCGCUGGGGAUCGCGGAUAUGCCGCUGAGCGCGAGCAUCAAUCCAUCUGGGGGCAUGAACGGACGAUACAAGCGGUACGAGAUGAUGAGAAUCCAAGGGUCGGCACGGACGUGGAAAAGUCCGCGGGGACCCAAGUUCGACGUCGAAGCCGGGGAGGUGGUUUGGUCGCUCGAGGAAAACAGCUUACAGAGAUCGGGACUACCCAGGGAAUUUUCGUUUCCCAUGUUGAUUCAGAAGCCACGCGCGGAGAGCCGGAUCAUCUUCAACCUCGAUAUUGACCCGGUUGUGCAAUCGUGGUAUGGCAAUUAUCCAACCUGGUGGCUUUCACUCCCGGCAUAUCAGCCUGCGCGGAGGAGACCGGUGGAUUUUCGACGUCAGGUUGGUCAACGGUUCAAGCCUGUGUCGUCGGAAAGGGGGUUUAAUUUUGCUUCUUUGGAGAGUUGUUUUGAUGACUAUGUUCAUAUGCCUGGGAGAAAACAUGCUGCUAGUAUCCCUCCGGACGGGGGCAUCCCUCGAGAUGACUUGGAUGGAUCCAACCGGGGGAUACCUCGAGAUUUUACCAACGUGGAGCCAAUACCGGACAAUGCCAAUCCAAGCUUCAACCCCAACUUUACCUUUAGCCCUAAUUCGGCCUUUAAUCCCAACUUCACGUUUAAUCCCAACUCAAAUGCAACCUCCUCGUCGACCAACAGAACAAAACCAGCCCAAGUACAAGCCCAAAAUAAACCCCCCAACCAGCCCCAAGUCCCUAACAUCAAUGCCCUGAACGUGCACGUCCUCCUGGACAGCACCACAACGACAACAACAGGGAUGAUGCCACCACGUCAAAAGCCACCCAUCCAACGCCCCCGAGCAAACUCUACAAUCCAACCAAGCACAGUGCCAACACAAACAGGAAAAGAAAAGCAGGUACAGGGAAAACCACCGCCGAAAAACCAAGCUCUCCUUUCCGGACGCAGAAGGUCACUUCGCCGGGCACGAUCUCGGGAAUCGGUCGCGGUGUAUCAGAAUGGGACAUUGCAGGAGUUGAGCACGGGGUGUGAUGUGAGUCGGACGUAUUCAUUAUCAUAGACAGACUUGUUUUGUUUUUUAUUUGCUUUGGUGGCUAGUAUGAUACCCAGCCUGCAAUUGUAUAGUACGCUAGAAUUGAUGUUAGCUCAAUUAUAUGACUAUCUAAAAUAUAGCAUGUAU